AUACGCGUGGGGAUUCCGUGGUGUACGUUGAAAAUUUACUAAUAUGAACUGUAGUUAUUGUUGAAGUCCAGGGAACAUCCACAGGUUUUCGUGCAGGAACGAUGGUGCCUCUGGGUUUCACAGACAAGACGCCAAAAGUGCUUACCAACGCCUGUGACGUCGAACACGGCGAACUGCUUGACACCGCUGUCCUGCUUCCAACGACGCCACUUCAACGACGCCUGAAGGGGCGUCACGUUGCUAUGAUCGGCAUUGGAGGCGUUAUUGGUACGGGCUUAUUUCUAGGCACUGCGACGGCAUUGAUGGAGGGUGGUCCUGUGGGACUUCUACUCGGGUAUACUUUCAUGGGGACAAUGUGCUACUGCGUUAUGAUAAGCGUCGGGGAAAUGAUUGCUCUCCUUCCCAUUCCAGGCGGUCACAUCAAACUUGCGGAAAGAUUUGUCGACCCGGCCUUCUCCUUUGCAAUGGGUUGGAAUUGCUGGUACUGUUGGACGUUUACGAUACCUGCUGAAUUGUCAGCUGCCGCUACUCUCAUUGACUAUUGGAACCCCGGAGUUAACAAUGCUGUGUGGAUCACCAUGUGUCUGGUCGUUGCUGUUGGGAUCAAUCUUUUCGGCGUUGGGACCUAUGGAGAAAUGGAAUUCAUCUUUGCGUCCGUCAAAGUGGUCACAAUAACAGGGCUUCUCAUCCUUGGCAUUGUGCUUGACCUCGGAGGUGGCCCAAGUCAUGAUCGUAUUGGGUUUCGAUACUGGAAAGAUCCUGGACCAUUUGUACAGUUCAAUGGAAUAGCUGGAGCUAAAGGGCAGUUUCUAGGAUUUGUCCGUGUACUUAUCCAGGCUGCGUUUUCUUUCAUUGGAACCGAGAUUAUCACUAUGGCAGCUGCGGAGACGAAGAACCCUCGAUACACCAUGCCGCGCGCGAUACGGACAGUAUACAUCCGAAUUCUCUUAUUUUACAUCGGGGGAGUUUUCAUCAUUGGGUUGCUCGUCCCUUCCAAUGAUCCUCUUUUAAGUCUCAACUCUUCCAAUGCCUCGUCAUCUCCGUUCGUUAUCGCUAUCAAUCGGGCUGGAAUUAGAUAUCUACCCUCGAUUUUGAACGCGGUUAUCCUGACUUCUGCGUGGUCUGCCUCUUCAAGCGACUUAUAUUUAUCAUCGAGGUGCUUAUAUGGCCUUGCUGCCGCCGGGAAUGCUCCCACGUUUUUCUUGCGCACAUCACGUUCAGGCUAUCCAUAUGCGGCGGUCAUUUUUUGCUCCUUGUUUUCCCUUUUGUCAUACAUGGUUGUGAGCACCAGCUCCGGCAUCGUUUUUACCUGGUUUGCGGACAUGACUGCUACCACGGGGCUCUUGGCAUGGUUUUGUAUCGGUGUGACCUACAUCAGGUUCCACCAGGGAUUAUUGGCACAAGGGUAUGACAGGAAAUGUUUACCAUAUGCCUCGAGACUCCAGCCAUAUGCAUCGUGGUGGGUGAUUGCAUCGUCGUUGACGACUCUCCUGUUCAGCGGAUGGCAAGUCUUCUUGAAAGCGAAUUGGUCUAAUGCGACGUUCGUGACGACGUAUUUGCCUGUCAUGCUGUUCCCGGUAUUGUAUCUAUCUGCGAAAUUUCUGAAGCGGGUACCCCUGGUGAAACCGAGCGAGAUGGACUUCAAGUCCGGGACAGAGGACAUAGAUGCUGAGAAAUUUAAAGAACCCUUGCCAAAAAAUUGGUGGGAGGCGGUCUGGAUGAGCUUGACGUGAUGCAGGUUCGAGUUGUUAUGUCGGUGUACAAUGUACAGCUAGCGCUACUGGGUCCAUUAUUUAUCGCGCAGAGACACCAGGACAUAUUUCACUUUCCUCACGUAUCACCGA